CGUUCACAUGCCGUAUAUGUAUGUAGUAACACAUUCAAAAUGGAAAAUAAUAUAAUGGGCAACAAACAAAUCAAGCAGCACCUGGAGACUGCCCAAAAGACGGGCAUUCUUAAGAUAUCGCUGCAACGACUGCAGGAAUUCCCACCGCAACUAAAGACAUACCCAAAUGUACUGAAAACGCUAGACCUGUCCCAAAAUCGCUUUGAACAUAUACCUGACGAGCUGGGUCGACUCACCCUGCUGAAGCACCUGAAUCUGAGUGGUAACCGUCUGGUCGAGCUGAACGAAGUUGUGGGCGAGCUCCUAAAGCUGGAGGUGCUGCUGCUAAUGGAUAAUAUGCUGACGAAGCUACCAAAGACAUUGGCCAACUGUGUGCACCUGAAAACCGUCAAUCUGAGUAACAAUCAGCUUAAGGAGUUCCCAUCGAUGUUGUGCGGUCUAAAACAUCUGGAUGUGCUCGACUUGUCACGCAACAAAAUCACCGAUGUGCCCGCCGAGGUGGGACAGCUUUAUGUGACAGAGCUCAAUCUGAAUCAAAAUCAAAUAUCAAUGCUGGCCGAGGAUAUUGCCGAUUGCCCCAAGCUGAAGACCUUGCGCCUGGAGGAGAACUGCUUGCAGGCAAGCGCUUUUACGCCGCGCAUCCUAAAGGACUCAAAGAUAAGCAACCUGGCGGUGGAUGGCAAUCUUUUCAACUCCAAGCAGUUCACCGAUCUCGAGGGCUACGAUGUCUACAUGGAGCGCUACACGGCUGUCAAGAAAAAGAUGUUCUAGGCGGCAGAUGUUGUGAACCGCAUUCGCUAACUCAAUCGCAAAGUGAUGCACUACCUUAGUCUAUAUUGUGUAUAUCUUGAUAUUUAAUAUUUUUAAGUAUUUGUAAUUUAAUAGCUUAAUACUAUGCUUUCAGUGUGAACACCUAAAUAAAUGCAACAAACGGCAGCACCAUC